AAUGGGACUUUUGUUUCUGGAUCAUCUAUAUCCAAAAGAGAUCAUGAAGAGGACGAGCAUAAAGAUCGAACAAAGAAGAUGAAAACAAUAGACUCGAAAAUAGACGAAUUUUUUUCCCCGGUGAAAACUCACGAAAACGUGAAUAUAGACCACGAUAAUGAGGAGGUUGCCUUAAAGCCACGGUGUCAACUUCCCGAAGAAGAGUUAGAAGAUGGUCUUCUACAAGAAAGCCCUAAUGCUAUCGUCGAUUAUAAAUUAAUGAUUAACAAUGUAUGUAUCCGGUCAGUAAUAGAGAAAUGGCGCGAAUCGUCAAAAUAUGUCGAAGAGAUACAUAAGCAAGACUUAAUGCGCUACAAUAUUAUUGACACAACCAGAUCAUCCGCUACAGAAGCACGAAAGCUCCUCAAAGAUUAUUGGGAAGAUAUCAUCAGCACUAUAGAGAAGUUUUUGAUGUCUAGGCCAGAUGCAACACCGGUUGAUUCAGAUUCUGACUCCGCUUCGGCUUCAACUGAUCAAACCAUGGAACAAGAUGGGCGGGCAGAAGAUAUUAGGCAGUAUUUAACGAAAAUAUCGAAAAACGUGAACACCGCGAAAAGAUUGUGUGAUGUGAUAAUGGCAGAACGUGAGAAGUUACGCGCGGAUGGAAAUAUAAAAUGGAAGAAGCGGUCUUUGGAGUUGAUGAAAAUAUUGUAA